UGGAGGCGGGGCUGGAUGGAGCGCAUCUCUGCACCCACGGCUCCUCCAGUCCCUGAAAAUCCCUCCCUGUUCCAAAGCGGUCGCGCGCUCCGGCCUCGCCAUGCUCCUGCUUCUGGGACUGUGCCUGGGGUUGCCGCUCUUCUCGGAGUCCCAGGAAGACGCACGGAGGUGGAAUGACAUCUCGGAGCAAGUGGCACUCAGGGUCCCCAGGCAACCCAGGCUGUUGCAAAGGCUGAAAACCAAGCCCUUGAUGGCAGAGUUCUCGGUGAAGUCUACCAUCAUUUCUCGCUAUGCCUUCACCACAGUUUCCUGCAGAAUGCUCAACAGAGCUUCCGAAGACCAGGAUGCCGAGUUCCAGAUGCAGAUUCCAGAAUCGGCUUUCAUUACCAACUUCACCAUGCUUAUAGGAGACAAUGUCUAUCAGAGUGAAAUUACAGAGAAAGAAAAGAAAAGCACUAAUAGGAUAAAAGAAAAAAGAAACAAAACCACAGAUGAUAAUGAGGAGAAGGGGACUGACGUCGUCAGAGCCUCUUUGGUGAUUCCCAGCAAGGACAAGGCUGCCUUCCUCCUCAGUUAUGAAGAGCUCCUGCAGAGGAGGCUGGGCAAGUAUGAGCACACCAUCAGCGUGCGCCCCCAGCAGCUGGUGGGAAGGCUAACGGUGGAGGUGAACAUUCUGGAAAGGUCGGGCCUCACAUCCUUGGAAGUGCUGCCUCUUCACAACAGCAGGAAAAGGGGCAGCGGGAAGGCAGAAGGCGAUUUGGGUCCUCCUCCUUCUACUGUGGUCAACCAAAAUGAAACUUUUGCCAAAGUUAUUUUUAAGCCUACCGUCGUCCAACAAGCUAAGAUUGCCCAGAAUGGAAUUUUGGGAGAUUUCAUCAUUCGAUAUGAUGUCAAGAGAGAACAGAACAUUGGUGACAUCCAGGUUCUAAAUGGUUACUUCGUGCAUUACUUUGCUCCUAAAAACCUCCCUCCUUUACCCAAGAAUGUGAUUUUCGUGCUUGACAUCAGUGCCUCCAUGGUGGGAGCGAAACUCCAGCAGACCAGGGAAGCGCUUGUCACAAUUCUCAACGACCUCCGACCCCAGGAUCGUUUCAAUAUCAUUGGGUUCUCCAACCGGAUUAAAAUGUGGAAGGACCGCUUGGUACCCGUGACUCCUGAGAACAUCAGGAAUGGCAAGCUCUACAUGUACCACCUGUCACCCACUGGAGGCACAGACAUCAAUGGGGCCCUUCAGACCGCCAUCAGGCUGCUCAACAACUAUGUGGCCCAGAAUGACAUUGAAGAUCGGAGUGUGUCCCUCAUCAUCUUCCUCACGGAUGGGAAACCCACCUUUGGGGAGACCAGUACCCCCAAGAUUCUCAGCAAUACCAAGGAAGCCGCUGGAGGUCAGAUCUGCAUCUUCACUGUGGGCAUCGGCAAUGAUGUGGACUUCAAACUGCUAGAGAAACUUUCUCUGGAGAACUGCGGCCUCACGCGGCGUGUUCUGGAGGAGGAGGAGGCAGGAGCCCAGCUCAUCGGGUUCUACGAUGAAAUCCGGACCCCGCUUCUCUCUGACAUCCGCAUAGAUUAUCCUCCUGACGUGGUGGAGCGUGCCACCAAGACCGUGUUCCCCAACUACUUCAAUGGCUCUGAGAUUGUCAUUGCCGGGAAGAUGGUAGACAGGAAGUUUGAUCAGCUGCAUGUGGAGAUCACUGCCAGCAACAGUAAGAAAUUUGUCAUCCUCAAAAAAGACAUCCCCGUGGACUCCCAGAAGCUGGGCAAUGAUGUCUCCACCGGCCCCGGCUCUGCCAGUGGUAGUGGGGAGGACCCCAACCACAUAGAGCGUCUUUGGAGCUACCUCACCGUGAAGGAGCUGCUGAGCUCCUGGCUGCAGAGCAACAGCGAGCGCGAGAAGGAGCAGCUGAGGCAGAAGGCCCAGGCUUUAGCCUUGAACUACCACUUCCUCACCCCUUUCACCUCCAUGAAGCUGAAGAAGCCAGGGCUGCACACAGGCCGUCUGGAGGACACCCUUGGCAUGUCUGCGGCCACCGGACCUGAGACAGUGGUGCAGAGCCUCCGAGGGGCCGACAGGCAGCCAGGACCUGCUCUCAAGAAACCAUACGAGCCAAGAAUUAAAAUCUCUAAAACAUCAGUGGAUGGCGAUCCCCAUUUUGUUGUGGAUUUCCCCUUGAGCAAGCUCACUGUCUGCUUUAACAUUGAUGGAGAGCCUGGGGACAUCCUACGGCUGGUCUCUGAUCACCUGGACUCUGGUGUGACUGUGAAUGGAGAGCUUAUUGGGGCCCCAGCACCUCCGAAUGGCCACAAGAAACAACGCACAUACUUCCGCACCAUCACCAUCCUCAUCAACCGUCCUGAGAGAUCUUACCUUGAGAUCACACCGAACAGGGUCAUCCUGGAUGGCGGAGAGAGGCUGGUCCUCCCCUGCAACCAAAGUGUGGUGGUAGGGAGUCGAGGACUGGAGGUGUCGGUAUCUGCCAACGCCAAUGUCACUGUCACCAUCCAGGGCACCAUUGCCUUUGUCAUCCUCGUUCACCUCUACAAAAAGCCAGCACCCUUCCAGAGAAACCACCUGGGCUUCUACAUCGCCAACAGCAAAGGCCUGUCCAACAAUUGCCACGGGCUGUUAGGUCAGUUCCUGAACCAGGAUGCCAAACUCAUAGAAGCUCCUGCAGUGUACGGCAAGAAUCUUAGUCAUCAGCCAUUUCCUCAGACAAAAGAGACUCCUGAGGCUAUCCUAAAGGUGAAAGGACGCCGAGUUCCGGUUGUCUGGAAACAAAGGAAGAUUUACAAUGGGCAAGAGCAGGUAGACUGCUGGUUUGACAGAAACAAUGCUGCCAAACUGAUUGACGGGGUGUAUAAGGACUACCUGGCAUCUCAUCCAUUUGACACAGAGAACAUGCUGGGCCUGAGCAUGUCCAGGAGAGCUGAGACUGGCCGCUUUCAUGAGGAAAGUGUCUGAAAGGGAAGGGACAUUGAGUGUACUCUGGAUGCCGCUCUUCCUGUGACCUGCGCAUGCCUUGGAUCAUGCUAUGAUCUGUGCUGUGUAGCCUGCCCCCUGGUGGAGUGGAGAUCCAAUGUCUGCUAGAGUGAAAAAUAGUACAUCCUACCUACUUCCUUUUCCUACUUUCCUCAUCCAAUCUAUACUAGACAACUAUGGUAGCACAAAGAGGAGAGCAGAUGUAAUUGAGUCAAAUUGUGUAGCACCUGGCUUGUCCAUCUCUUGGUCUAGUGUAAAAUAACCCUUUCUGAGGAAGCAAGGUUGACAUGGAUUUUUUUUUCUCUGUAACAGUGUCCAAGUUUGGACACUCUGCUUUUUGCCGUAUAUUCAUGCUUAAGAAUCUCUCUUUUCAGCUGCUUUAUCCAGAUGGUGCUCCCAACCUCUUCUUCCAAGGUCAUUUACAUUGAGGCCAGGCCAGCAAGCAUGCAAAUAGUCCAUACAACUUAGCUCAAAAAACUUGUCUUUUCUUAGCAGAAGAUUCUUUUUCUGCUGUGGAAUCUUGCCCUAUCAAUAUCCCAGAUGCCGAUCUCGUCCUGAUUGGCUUUGCAGGUCACUUGGCCUGGCUGGUGGGUGUUUUCCAAUUUAUUCCAAUAAGCUAAGUAAUUUUAAUAAAUAGGAAAACUCCUGGUGGACAGUCUUCACUGGCCUGUCUUGGUGCUGGAGAGCCAGCUGAUUGGAAGAUAAAUAUUCUACUCAGAGCAGUUCAGCUUUUGCUGUAGUUCCAACACUUUUUGGUUUUGCCUUCGGCUGUCCAGGAAAUAAUAACUUAUAUGAGAACAGUGCUGGCAUGAGAGACAGACCCAGCCUAGAGUAAGCCACUCAGCCUACCUGUGGGAAGAAUCAACUUCUACAUUCUCAGAAAGAAGUGGAUACAUGCCUGAAAACAUGGCCGCUGCACCGUGAACUAGUCACAGCGGUGGUUACCUGCAGGAGUCAGGGCCUGACAAUAUUCUAUCUGGGCCGGGGGAGGGAUCAUGAGGCCCUACCCGCCGCCAAAAAGUUACUGGCGGUUAUAGGUCACUGAAGAAGGGGCUUUCAUUUCAUCUCCCUCAGUUGGACAGCCACUGCUAAGUUGCCCUUGCUCAAGGAAAUUACCCCCAAUGUACAGAAAGUGAUCCUAAUUGAAUGUGGUGACUCAUAUACCCAUAAGAAACACAAAAGUAGGAGGGGAACUUUUUGAGACAAAGGAAACCAUAAAAGAAGCUCAUGGGACAUGGGGAAGUAUGAUCCAAGUACAUUGGAGCUGUGCAUGAAUUUGUGAAUGAAUAAACUAAAUAAAAAAAAAAUCUAAGAGGAGAUCCACACAUCUCAGAUGGGCACAAGCUAGGAGCAUGAGUUUUAUUUCUAGUGCUUGGUAGAUGAAGCUACUAAGGAAACGGUUGCAAUCAGAGGAGGCUUCUAGAGAUUGGUAAACAUAACCUUAUCGUGACCAUGCUCCAUCAGGCUCCAUCUCAUCCGAGAGCAAGGUAGAUGCCGGAGAACAUGGAGCCUCCCUCUUCACACUUGGUGCCUUUCAUUGCUGUGUUUGUGUGAGAGGCCUGCUUGGAAACAGAUGAACAGGAAGUGAUGGGAGUGAACAACAGAGAAAGGGGGAAAAUGUGCUUGGGGAAAACAAGAGUAUUUUGAUGUGGACCAGAGAGAGGGGCUUCUGUGCUGUUCCCGCUUAAGGUUUCUUCUAUCGGGCACCAGGCCAAGAAACUCUCUACAGAGAAGCAGGAAGGCUUCUUAGCACUUGGAGAGAAAUCAGCAUCAAGAAAAUUGUUUUCCUUCCUGUGGGAAGCAUUUGAGCAGCACAAUGACAUCCACAUGUUUCUGUCUGACCUAGCAACCUCAAGAGCCAGUUAGGGCUGCGUGAGUCUCUUUCUCUCUGGUUCAUGAACCCACCAGGCCACAGCUGGUCAGCUGUGCUAUUUAUCUGACUCCCCGUGUUUCCAGACUCAUCUGUCCAUUUCCACGCCAGGAGAGCAAAGAUGAGCAACCCGUAUGGCUGCCACAUGUUUCUGUCUUUUCAGGCUAAGAGAAAGGACAAUGUCAGGCAGGCCUUACCAGUCCUGGUCCCAUGGCGUGUUCCACGUCUUCCUAUUGCAUGAAUCCCAGCUGCAGAGGCAGCUCUGGAGCUGCAGGGGUGUGGGGCAGCCACCAGCCCACUGGGUUGCACUCAGAUGAUAUGGGUGUGGUUCGAGGUGCUGGCUUCACCGCCAACAGAAAGAAAUCACUAAGCAAGAGCAUCUCAGAGCAGAGGCACAUGGAGGAUGCCAGAGAGAUGUCCGUGACUUGCUCUCCUUUCUGGCAAAGAUAUCAACUUAAAAGGGAGCAAAGAGAUUUUAGUUAGAAGUCCCUUUUAUCUUUACACAGAUAUUCCACAAAUGUAGUACAUGCUUGUGCUCUCUCACUCUCUCUCGCUCUGUGUGUGUGUGUGUGUGUUUAAAGCAUUCGCUAUUUAGUGAUCUAAAUUAUCUGAUAUAGCUGGAAAGGCCUUUUUGGGCAUCCCAAACCACACACCGACACUAAAGUUUUCCUUUGACUGGGCAUGUGUCGUGGAUAGAAAGCGCAAGUGACUGCAAAGGAGAAGACUGUAUUUUCAAAUGGGUAAAUGGAGGCAACUGAGUCACUUUCUCCAAAUCAUAUUUAAGACUUAGAGUAGGAGAGAGCUGGACCUGCAGAUCACAUGAUAGAUUCGCCUCCUGGUCAACCAUUUCUUUUCCUCAAGAGUUUUGUAAAAGAUGAAGUGGGAGGUUACUAAAUAAGUAAUUGGCUGGGCUGAGAAGAAAAAAAAAACAUUGAAGUUAAAAUGGGAUAAAUCAAAUUGUUAUUGCAAUAGCUUAUGCUAAUGAGUCAGUGAACUGGUUUGUUGAGCAAAUUGUUUCUCUGGCUUCCAGUUUCCUCUUUUCUCCUUUUCUAUUCUUUUCUUUUUAAUGAAGAAAGACAUAGAAAUGUGUCAUUUUAAAGAGAUUUCUCAUUAAAGUUUCAUAUAAAAUUAUCCAAAUACCCCCUUCCUACCUAUCCUGUGUGUUUUAUCUUCUUCCAUUCAACCUUUCCAUGAUCUACCACGUCAAGCUGGAGGCUGCGGAAAUCUGGCAAGAUGAAGUAUACUGACAUCCCCUGCAGGCCCAGAAGUCACACUGAGGAUACAGGGAGCUGGGAACUGGGGGCAACCGCUCAUGGUUCUUGUCAGGAGUCACAGCUAAUAUUUACCUGGCAUUCAGGAGGCAGAGGCAGGCAGAUCUGUAAGUUCAAGGCCAGACUGGUCUACAUAGUGAAUUCCAGGAAAGCUGUGGCUAUGAAGAGAGGGCAAUGUUGAGACCCUGUCUCAAAAAACCCAGUGUGUGUGUGUGUGUGUGUGUGUGUGUGUGUGUGUGUGUGUGUGAUAACCUGAACAGGAUAUCUUCACAGAUGGGUUAAGAACAGGGUUCUUUGAAUAAAUGAAGGCUGUGGACUAAAAGCUUCCUUCCAAAUCCACAUGCUGAGGUCUAAAUCCCCACUGUAAUAGUCCCCACAAGUGGAAUAUUCCAGAAGUGACCAAGUCCUGAGGACAGAACCCUUGUGAAGCGGCUUUGAGUGUUCAUGAACAGAGACCUACAUGAGAGGAUCAGAUGGGAGAGAGAGGGGGAAAUGAUAUAAAUAUAGAACUUGCAUUGGGAAUUCUCAAACAAUGUGUAGUUCAUAAUAAAUAGGGGUCUCAACUGAGAACACAAGAAACUGAGUUCAGUCGCCAGAACUCAAAAGAAGUCUGGCACGGGGAUUCAUGUUUGAAAUCCGGUCUGGGCAGGUUGAGGCAGGCAGGUCCCUGGGGAUUGCAGACCAGUCAGUCGAGUCCAUUCAGUGAAUUCCAGGCCAGUGAAAGAAUCUGCUCAAAAUAAAAAAAAAAAAAAAAAGAGGAUGGCAUGUGAGGAGUGGAAAGCAAGGUUAUAUUCUGCCUUCCACAUGUGCAUGCAUGCAAGGACGCACCUAUGAACACACACAGACAUAAAAGACACGAGACACAAAGUUGCUCCUCUUUGCAAGAAUGUAACACAAGGGUCACGCAGAGGCCAGGAACCACGCCACACACCGGAUCUGUGCCUUGAUCCAGACCUUCUCAGUCUGUGAGCAAUAAAUGUGUUUCGUUUAAAUCACCCACUUUAUAGUAUUCCUGGUGUAGCAGCCCAGGCUGGCUGAGACAAGAAAGCCUCCACUGCACAAGCUUUCACCUUUAUUCGGGCUACCCAGAAUACACAAAAGUGACACUGUUGUUAAAAUCUGAAAGACUCAUGGAAGCCUGAGGACAUGAUCCAGCUAAAAUAAACAGCAAAUACAAUAACACAGCUAACCAAAUACUUAGAGAUGCAACGUUAAAUAUUUAUUUUAGCCUGUUUUAAAGAAGUGGGGUACAGAUUGUUCACAUCUCAAGAGACUUUGUUUCUUGAAAGUUUGUAAGAAAACGAUGUCGAAAAACAAACAGCAUAGUAUGUUUAUUUUUUAAGGGAAAAUAGAAUCAGGGCUACUGAAAAUAAAACUUGAUAAUUCUAACCGCACUGCUUUGUUUGUCGAAAUUUCUGCAUUUCAGUCCCAAACACAAAUGUUCUUGUGUCAGUGGUUGGCCAUAUAUAUAUGAGAGUGGUCCUGUAAGAUUGUAAUAGAAUUGAAAAUUCUAUUGCCCAGUAUCGUUUUUAAUGUCUAAAUGUGUCUAUAUACACAAAUAUUUACCAUUGUGUUGUAGUUGCUUAAAGGAUCCAUAGUUAUAGCUAUCUAUAUGCGUUUGUAUUCUAAAAGCAAUGGGGUAUGCCAUGUUCCAUUGGUGAAUAAUAAACAAUGCCAUCUAGAA